AUGUCUCUGUCAGUGUCAACGGCUGAGAUUCUGGUAUCUGACCUCCCCACCAAAUCUGUCACUCUGACUCCGCUCAGAGCGACUGUUGUUCGUGAAAUCCAGACUACUAUCCAGCCCGGUCAGAAUGAAAUCACCAUCCUUGGCCUCGAUCCCCAGGUUGACCCGGAUUCCAUUCGUGUCGACGGCUCCGGUUCAGCAACCAUCACCGACAUCCAAACCGACAAAGUCCCUCGCCGGGAGAAUUUCGAGGAUGUUUAUCCUGAGGAUUCCGACAAUGAGCUGAGCGACGCGCUAGAAACCGACUCGGAUGGAGAUUUUGGCAUCGAUGAUUCGGAACUACAGGCGGUACGAAAAGAGAUUGCAGAGGUUCAGGCUACCCUCGCCAAAGCGCGCGGCAAUCAAUCCAUGUCACUCAGCGUCUCGAAUAUCAUGGAAGGCUACGGGAAGAAAUUGAGCAUGGAGAAUGCGGACGCGGCGAAGUUGAAUGAUUUCCUUCAGCUUUAUGUCCAGCAGCACUCGGUCGAAUGCGAACGGCACCACAAGUCGACAGUGGAAAUCCAAGAGGCUGAGAAAAUCCUAGCGCGACUCAAUCGGAAGCGAGCACGACUGGAAACCGCGUACAACAAAGCCAAGGAGGCAGCUCUGAAGGAUGCUCGUAAGGAGCGCAGGAAACGCCUGCGGGAGCGCGAAGAAAGGAAGAAGAAACAGCAGCAGUUGCGAAAUGAGCGAAGACGGUUCUGGACCGAUACCGUCAGUCAGGUCGUGGUCCAUCUCGACAGUCACUCGAUCAUGACUCCGGGAUCGAGCCGACGCAGCUCGAUUGUGGAAAAGGCUGGAAGUAACACCGAUGUUGUAGACGUGACACUGCGUCUGACAUAUGUGAUCCCAGGUCCGCGCUGGGUGUCUCGCUAUGAUCUCAGGAUCAGCACUCCUUCUUCGUCCGCUCGUCUGACCUACCGCGCCGAGUUCCACAACUCGUGCUCGGAGACAUGGCGGGACACCCAAGUGACCUUGUCCACCUCCCAGGCUUCCUUUUCGGGGCUCGAGGAGCGCAUUCCUCAACUGCAGGGCUGGCAUAUCAAGUUGGAUCCCAACAACGCAGGCCAGCCUUCGUGGAACAACAUUCUGCGCAGCCUCGACGAGCCCGGUCAGUCGCUUCAGGCUCACGCAAGGUCACUUAAACAACAGCUUGUGGAAAUGGAGAAGGCCAAUCAGCGGCGGCUCGCCAACGUGCCUCAAGUACAAAUGCAGGCACCGCAGGUUGCACCCGCAUCACUGUUCGGACAAGCUCCACCGCGACCGGCCGCUCAGCCUACCUUGUUUGGCGCUUCAAACGCACAGCAACAGCAAAUGCAAAGUCAGCAACAGCAAAUGCAAAGUCAGCAACAGGCUUUGAUCGAGCGGGUGACGGAGCGGGGAGAGAGAUUGGAUGCCCUCCCUCCGCCGGCUGGGUUCGGGAUGGCCAUGCGGGCACAAGGACAGAUGGCAGCGGCAGCCCCAUCUAGGAGCUCAUACUUCAACUCCGCCGUCAACAGAGCGCUCGGCUUGAAUACCGACAACGACGGAGACGAUGAUGAAGAGGACGAGGACGAGGAUAGCCAAACCAUUGCGGCAGGCAGUCUGGAGCACCAGGACUCCGUCAAACAAGACUACGGCUUGACUACGACGUAUGACCUCCCCGGUCGCCGUACGCUUGUGCCGUCGAGCGUGCAUCGGCGCCACGUGCUGGCCGAGCUGGACUUGAAGUCUCUGGCCCUCACCCAUGUCAUUAUUCCCAAGAUCCGCGCGGCGGCCUUUUUGCGCGCCCGCAUCCAGAACACGUCCUCUGUAACCAUCCUCCGCGGUCGAGCGGGGAUGACGGUCGACGGCACCUUCUUGGGAACGACCAGCUUGCCCAACUGCGCGCCGAACGACUCCUUCAAUAUCUCCUUGGGCGUCGAUCCAUCUAUCCUGGUGGCGUACGCGAAGCCGUCCGUCCGCCGCAUUGGGGGCGGCUUCUUCAGCAAGGAGCACACAGCAGUCUUUAGACGGACAUGCUGGGUGAAGAACACCAAGAGCAUCGCUGUUGACCUGAUUGUGUCCGACCAGGUGCCGCUGAGCGAGGACGAUAAACUGCGUGUGCAGAUCCUCGAGCCGAAGGGGCUGGAAAGGGAAGGCGAUCCGGUGGAGAUGGCGAUGGAGACGAGCAAGGGCAGGGGGGCAGUAGUCUUGGGGAAGAACGGCGAGGUCAAGUGGAUCUUGAAGUUGCAGCCGGGCAAGGAGAUACGGUUGGCACUGGAAUAUGAAGCCAAGGUUCCUUCGGGCAGCCAGGUUGAGAUUGUCAAAUAA